AUGAAAUUAGAAAUCCUAUGGAUGUAAAAUUAAAAAUAUAUUAAUCAAUUGUUAAAGCAAUAAUGCUCAUGUUAGUUUAUUCUGAUGUAAAUAUUAUUUUAUAUAUUAUGAUAGUUAGGAAAAUAUAAUGAAGGAUUAUAAAAUCGUUUUGGAGCACUAUUUUUCAUUUGAACAGCUAAUACUUUUGGUGGAAUUUAAGGUGCACUUCAUACAUUUUCAAUGGAAAGACCUUUAUUUUUAAGAGAAAGAAUAAAUAAAACUUAUAGUGUAAAUAAAAGUAUAUUAAAAUUAAUUAAAAUACUUUAUUGGAUUAAGUGAUAUUAACGUUGGAAUGUUUUUCAUGUUAAUAUUCGUUUAAUUCUUAACAUAUUAAUAUGCAGUGUCAUAUGGAUUAUUAUUAUCAACAGUUAUACCAAAAAUAGAAGUAGCUACAGCAUUAGUACCUGCUUUAGUUAUACCAUUUAUGAUAUUAGGAGGGUUCUUUGUAAAUUAAGAUAACAUUCCUUAUAUUUUCUAUCCAUUCACAUAUUUAUCAAUGUUUAAAUAUGGUUUCGAAGCCUCAGUCAUUGUAUGAAUAUAUUCUUAUAAUUUUAUAGAAUGAAUUCGAUGAUGUUAAUUAUGAAUGUAUGCCAGGCAAUCCAUGCAAACCUAUAGAAAUGUUAUCUAUUACUCUAACAAAAUGGGAAUGUCGUUACAUUUUAAUUGGAUUAGCAGUUGGAAUUAGAAUGUUUGCCUAUUUAGCUCUUCAUCUCAUUUCAAGUCCUGAAAAACCUAAACUUAAAUCACCAGAAUCCAUGUAGAUAUAAAAUAACAAGAUUUGA